GGGCAGACGAGCCCGACCAGGCUGCAGUGAGCACGGCCCAAUCGCGCUCAACACGGGGCGAAGGUGGCGACGCCUGGCGGCAGCCGACACGCCCCGUAACAGGAGACGAUCACUGGCGCCCCUCGGAGUCACUUGGCUUCCUGCACAGCCAUGGCUAGUGGCUCGCACUCAGAUGCGGAAGACGGGCUGAUGGUGGAAUUUGCCUCCCUGCAGCUGCAGGACAAACCGGACAAGCCUCCGAAGCAUUAUCGAUGUGGCGUGUGUCACGAGAUAGGACAACAUUUCAUCAACUUCUGUCCACAAGCGCUGAAGACUGGCGUGAAAACGCCGUACCAAGGCAAGCGGCGUGCGUUCGGCGAGUACCAGUGCUGCGAAUGUCGCCGUCUCUGGCAGUCGAGUCGCAGCUGGGCCAACAUGGCGCAGGAGUGUCAAUCUUGCCGCAUUCGCAUCUAUCCUCAUCGGCAGACACCCUUGCACAAACCUGGCGGGCUAGACAAGAUAGACCAGGACAAGAAGCACCCGGCCGAGCUGUGCGAGAAGUGCACCAAACUGGGCUACAGCUGCGUCUUGCACAACUCGAAGGAGUCGGUCGCGUCGCCUGCGGAUGAGGAAGACGACUAGCCAACGGACAAGUGUUUCGGAGGGCCGCCUACCGGCGCGAAUCGCAGAGAUAUGUGUUUGAUUCAGAAGCCGGGUGACAUCCUCUGACAUUGUUAGUCAUUCCUCCGGCGCUGUUGCUUCUGAACUAGUUUGAGAUCAUACCGGCGUCGUUCGUAUGAGGUCAGUUUUGUAUUCUGGAGUCGAUCCCCUCGGAUUUUUUCCGGGUGACGCAGUUAAAUGAAGUGAUAUUUAGUAAGAGAAGAGCGUUCACUGAGAGAUUAUUCUGAGCCAUAUAGUUGUAUAGGUUCAUAGAGUUUUGUGAGCCAUUUGAUGCCUAUCAUCUGAAAAGGUCUAUGUAAAUGAGACUUAUUAAGCGAAUUGUGAUGAUGGUUCAGUGAAGUGAUAUCAUGAGUCUGGAAAAGUGAAACGUGAGCGUAUCCACUGAUUAAACCACUAACUGUGGCGAAGAGCGUCAUGGCUCCUCCAACACUCGAAAUGUAGACCGCGUACCCCAGCCUCGAGCCCGGACUGGACAGACUGAGCAUUGAA